AAACUCUUCUCCAAACCGAGACCCUUGACGCAAAAUUACAGUUUUGUAGCUUACAUUUUAACAUUUCAUACGAAACUGUAAAUAACAUAUCCGGUCAAGGCUACGUUUCGAAUUUUAAAUAAGUGUUGCAAUCUGUGACCUGUUGACGCGCAACAUUGUUUCCAAUCAUUGACCACAAGAAUAAUCGCCAACGGUUUGUUGGAUCGAAAGAUUUCACAACCAUUUCGACGACAGAUAUGAAGAGGAGACUUCUGCUCGUGUCCAACUCAACCCUGCACGGGGGAGGAUAUCUGGAACAUUGUCAACAGCAGAUCAAAGACUUUUUCGGAAAAGGUGUGACGAGGAUCUUAUUCAUCCCCUAUGCACUGUGUGAUAGAGAUGGCUACACAAAGACUGCCAGGGACAAGUUCAACAGUCUGGGUUACGAGGUGGACAGCAUACACGAGGCCUCUGACCCAGUGGAAGCUGUAAGGAAUGCUCAGGGCAUAUUCAUAGGCGGUGGCAACACGUUCCGUCUGCUGAAAUGUCUCUAUGACAACAGUGUGCUGUCUGAGAUCAACAAGAGAGUUCUGCAGGACGGUGUUCCCUACAUGGGUUCCAGUGCUGGCACCAACGUCUCUACUGUCACCAUCAACACCACCAACGACAUGCCCAUCGUGUACCCUCCCUCCUUCAAUGCCAUUGGUCUAGUGCCUUUCAACAUCAACCCUCACUUCCUGGAUACGGACCCUAACAGCAGACACAUGGGGGAGACACGAGAGCAGAGGAUCAUUCAGUACCACGAGGAGCCUGACACGCCAACUGUUCUGGGCUUGAGAGAGGGCUCCAUGUUGCUGGUAGAAGGAGACAAGGCUACUCUACUGGGCAGCUGCAAGGCACGGUUGUUCACCAGGGGGAAGCCAGCAACAGAAUUUGAAUCUGGCAGUGACCUCAGCUUCUUGCUGACAGACAGACAGUAAAAAUAAAGUUGUACUUCUCUGUUCUCCUCUUCCACACCCAGCAAGACGGAUUCAGAUCCUUCCAAGUGGAAAUGCACUUAUGAUAAAUCAAAUAAAUAUUAUUACCAAAAAAUGAA